GUUUCUAUUGGUGCCUGACUUCGUCCCCGAGGAGUACGGGCGGAGGAUAGUUCGACGUCCUUUCCCUCUCCGCCCCCCAGAACUUUUGGUCAUCUCCUCCAACCUCCUCUCUACCCGUCGGCGCCUCACAUCGAGAGAGAGAGAGAGAGAGGGAGGGAGGGAGGCACAACACCAGAUCUUUCUGUACCAAGAUACGGGGAGUAUGUAUUCUGCUUUGCCUAGGGAUGUCUCGAUAGAAUUGCAGUCGCCGGAUCCGUCCUCAAAAGACCGAUCUGUGAGCACUUGGGUUCCUGAUAAUCCAAGAUCCGUGGACGCCUACAAAUCGUUCAAGCUCCUGGAAGAAGAAGACGACGUUGGUGAUGACGAUUUGGAUGUUAUACCCCUUGUUCCAUCGGAUGUCGUGGAAGGAUCCGGCUUGCCGGGUGCUGUUUUUAACCUGACAACGACAAUAAUAGGCGCCGGUAUCAUGGCCCUUCCGGCGACAAUGCGAGUUUUGGGACUAGUUUUGGGUUUCAUGGCCAUAAUUUUGAUGGGUAUUUUGUCUGAGAUCAGCAUAGAGCUUCUGCUGAAGUUCUCCGUGAUUAAGAAUGUGUCUUCCUAUGGGGAAAUAGUCCAAGUUGCCUGCGGGUACUCGGCGAGAGUAGUCUCCGAAAUAUGUAUAAUCGUCAAUAAUGCAGGCGUUCUGAUCGUUUACUUGAUCAUCAUGGGGGACGUGUUGUCGGGUUCGGCAGCACACGAGGGGAUCUUCCAGCAGUUGUUGAACAGAGAGGGAUGGUGGGACGAUAGGAGGCUGGUUGUAGUCAUGGUGUUGAUUUUGGUGCUGGGUCCCCUUUCUUUUCUGCAGAGGAUCGAUUCCUUGAGCCUGACUUCGGCAGCUUCCGUCGCGCUGGCAGUGGUUUUCGUCGUGGUUUCUUGCAUCAUCGCCUUCGUCAAGCUCCUAGAAGGCAAAAUUGAAGCGCCGAGAUUGCUUCCUGAUAUUGGUUCUAAGAUGGCUAUCCUUGAUCUGCUUGUUGUUAUCCCCAUCAUGACUAAUGCUUAUGUUUGCCACUUUAAUGUUCAGCCAAUCUACAACGAGUUAGAAGGAAGAUCUGUUGGGAAGAUGAAUAAGGUUGGAAGGAUUACUACUUUGUUGUGUAUUGCAGUAUAUGCUUCAACUGCAAUUUCCGGUUAUCUUUUAUUCGGCGAGGCAACGGAUUCGGAUGUGCUGACUAAUUUCGACAAAGAUCUUGGUAUUCCUUACAGUUCGAUUCUCAACUACAUUAUUAGAAUUGGGUACAUCCUCCACUUGAUGCUUGUGUUUCCAGUCAUACAUUUUUCUCUCCGGCAAACGGUAGAUGCCUUGGUCUUCAAGGGCUAUGCUCCUUUGGUGGAGAGCAGAAAGAGGUCCAUGAUCUUGACUUCUAUUCUGUUGGCAUUGAUCUACUUGGGGUCUACAAUAAUACCAAAUAUUUGGGUUGCUUUUAAGUUUACCGGCGCGACUACAGGUCUCUCUUUGGGGUUUAUUUUCCCAUCUCUUAUAGCAUUAAGGUUAAAUAAGCAGGGAGAGAUGUUAACCUCUGGUGAGAAGCUGCUUUCAUGGCUGAUGCUUGUUUUGGCACUGGUGGGAAGCAUAAUAGGAGUUGUAGGAAAUGUUUAUAGCAUCAAACAGCAAAGUAAAUGAUUUUGUUCUAUUCACACAAAAUUCUUCAGAGGGAACAGAUUACUUGGUACGUCAAUCCUGCAUGAUUUCAUCGUGGACUUGGAGUAUGCUUGGUAAUUCGUUGACAACCUUUAGUCACUUGAAGCUGUUCAAGGGAAUCCGUUAACCUUCAAGAGGGAUUGCACUGAAGAUGCAAUUCCUCAAAUAAAGCAGAUCCAAACAUGGUUUUCCGCAUCAUCCACGAGUAAGGCUUUUCCUUUGGAUUUUAAGGGGACAUAAAUAUCUUGAAGGACCUUCUCUGAAGGUUCGAUGGAGUAGGGUUACUUAUUAUACUGCAGGUAGCCAGCAGGUUAGCUCAUGCUGUGUCUUGGAACUUGCUGAACGAAAGGACAAGAAGCCGUUGGAGUCGGAGUAGGGACAUUUAAUCACCGGACCAUCGGUGGGCAAUAGUUGUUGCUCAUAGCUUCUCAAUCCAAUUUUGCUAUAGAUGCAGCUGUGGCUGUCUGUGGCCUCUGAUACCUAUGCUUCAUGCUUCAACCACAUGUAAAUUACCUGAUUCGAGAAUUUUUUCAUCAUUUAUAAUCAUUUGAUUACGUCUC